AUGCUCACCCCCACACAACCACAAACUCCCCUCCUCUCCCUCCCGCGCGAACUCCGCGACAUAAUCUAUACCUUCGCCCUCACCUCCUUCCCCGUAAACUUCAACGCAUCCUCCACCCGGAGCUCCCUUCCCGGCCUCCUCCUAACCAACAGACAACUCCACGCCGAAACCCUCUCACUCUACUACAAGCUCCUCGUCGUGACAAUCCACCCUUACCACGAUGGCCACUUCUUUCGCUGGCUUGAGAAGCUGCCAACAGAGCGUGUCGCUCUUAUCCAAGACAUGAGGAUGACGUUAUCGAAAGAAGGAUAUGAUAGGGGAAAGUUGAUGAGGGUGAAGGAUCGGGCGAGGAGGCACUACCUCUUGAAGGAGAUGAGAGCGACGUUGGAUCAGAGGGGAAUCAAGCUUGGGAGGGGGGUGCUGAGGAUGGAGGUGUGUGUGGGUGAUGGUGUGGAGGAUUGGGUUUGGACGAGUGAGCCGCUUGGGUUGAAGUGGAGAGGUGGGAGGGUGCGUGAAGUCGUGGACAUGUGA